AUGCUAGCCUGGUACCAGGGGAGAAAGAGCGACAGUGCAGCCACCGAUGGGGCGCCCCCAGGAAGGGACAGGACAGGGAGCUCGUCCCGCAGCGAACGGCAAGGCGGAGGCCCGGCCUCUCGCCUCCCAGCCCUCCCCGCGUCCUUUGCGGCCUCCCAGUCCGCCCUGCGCCAUCAGAAGGCGCCGCCCGGCGGCCAGGGCCCUUCGCCGCAGCCAGAGUGUUUUGUCCGAGCUCAAAAGGGCCGUCUCCACGGAAGCGGCCCCUCGGCUCGGAGCCCCGCGGCCCGGAGGGAGCCCCGCGGCCCGGAAGGAGCCCCGGCGGGGAUGAGAGGAUUCCGCCCCAGCCCCAGCAGACGCGGCGAAGGGUUUGAAGGAGGCGCUUUGAGAGUCGAGGUCUCCCGCCCGCGCGCCUCCCUGGCGCAGACCUCUUUUAACUUUUUGGCUUGUAGUGCGCGUCCUGACGUGCCCAGCGAGCUACAGCUUACUGAGCUUUACUGGACUCGCCGGAGCAGCAGUCCCCAAGUGGAGAGACAGCGCAUCGCACGCUGCCCGGGCCCCGCAGGGCCUGGCGCCUGGGGCCUUUGCGCCGCUUUGGAGCUACGGGAUCACACCGCCCGCUCCCCGAGCUUGGCGUCUUCCACGCGGCGCUGUGUGUCAUCUGCGUGCACGCAGUGCGCUCUCGCUGCCGUGUCCAGGUCACUGCGAGGCAGGCACAGAGGGAAGGACACGGAGAACAGCCGCGCGGAGGCGAGGAGGGACACUGGGCGCUGCUGUCCCCUCCCCUGAGGGGCAGCCACUCCUCUUGUGGACGCAGGUGCGGUCACCAGAAGGGAAGGACAGCAGAGGACUC